AAAGACAUAUUUCUUUAAUAAAAACAAGAUUCGAAUCUCCAGAAACUUGAAAGUAUUCAGUGACGAAAUACAAAUGUGCGCGCGUUUCGAUGAUGAGAGGUACGCGCGUUGUGCCAAGGACCAUUGCGAUUGGACGUGCAACGCGUUGACAUAGCUUCCUCUCUCUCAAGCAAUCAGCAUCGGUGUCAUCUGCAGCAGAGUUGAGAAUCAAGGACGAGCCCAGGCGUGCGAAAGAUGCGAAACGGUGGACAAACAGCGCAGCAAACGGCGGUAAUGACGCCGCCGCAUCUGAACGGCUCAGCACAGUUCAUAUCGGGCGGCUAUGUAACGACGGGAUAUUUACCGCGCCAGUCCUGGACCCAAUUCCAGGCUGUGCCGCAGCAUCCGACUAGGAGUGGCGGCCGACCCAUGUCAUUGCCGCCACCCCCACCGCCUUCCCGACGAGACACUGGCCAGAGGCCUUGCAACGGAGGUCCGGCCAAUACUAAGAACACAUCCCUGCCAGUUCCCAGAUCGGUUACCCAUCGGAGUACCACACCCUCGAAGGUGGACCCCGAGCUGAUAUUUACCAAACAGGAACGAAUUGGGAAGGGUAGCUUCGGUGAAGUUUUCAAGGGUAUCGACAACAGGACCCAGCAGGUUGUGGCCAUCAAGAUUAUCGAUCUCGAAGAGGCGGAAGAUGAAAUCGAGGAUAUACAGCAGGAAAUUAUGGUUCUGUCACAGUGUGACAGCCCAUACGUCACCAAGUAUUAUGGAUCUUAUCUCAAGGGUACGAAGCUAUGGAUCAUCAUGGAAUAUCUGGGUGGCGGCUCGGCCCUGGACUUGAUGAAGGCCGGUAGCUUCGAAGAGAUGCACAUUGCCGUGAUAUUACGCGAGGUGCUCAAAGGGCUGGAUUAUCUACACAGUGAGCGUAAGCUCCAUCGCGAUAUUAAAGCGGCGAAUGUUUUACUGAGCGAAAUGGGCGACGUCAAGUUGGCCGACUUCGGUGUAGCCGGUCAGUUGACGAACACCACCAGUAAACGAAAUACUUUCGUCGGCACGCCGUUCUGGAUGGCACCUGAAGUCAUCAAACAAUCCGCUUACGAUUCCAAGGCUGACAUUUGGUCUUUGGGCAUCACUGCGAUCGAGCUCGCGAAAGGAGAACCACCCAACAGCGAGCUGCAUCCCAUGAGAGUUCUCUUUCUAAUACCUAAGAACAAUCCACCGCAGCUGACUGGGAAUUACACAAAACAAUUCAAGGAAUUUGUCGAAGCCUGCCUCAAUAAGGAUCCUGAAAACAGGCCGACGGCGAAGGAACUGCUGAAGUUUCAGUUUAUCAGGAAGGCAAAGAAGAACUCGUACCUGAUUGACCUGAUUGACAGGUACAAAAAGUGGAAGUCGCAGCGCAGCGAGGAGUCGGAGACCGAGAGCGAGAAUUCGGAUUCGGAGGAAUCCAAGCAAGACAGUGACAUGGACGAGCCAUGGAUAAUGACGGUGAAAGGCCCGCAUGGGGUUAAAGGAUCCGUGGUGCCUAUGCUGCCACUAGAUGAACAGCCCGCAUCUCUGACUCUAACACACACGAACCACAGGUCCUCCAAUCACAAUCAAUCAAGUAAACCACACGCGAAUGGUGCCUCGCGAUCGCCGCCGAAGGAUUCUACGCUUAUUCAUUACAGAAGCGAGUCCUCACAGAAGCGAGAGUUACAUGAUGGUCUAGUGAAACACGUGCCUCCCCGACCACAUGAAGCCGCACCUCCACCACCGGUAGACACGAGAGAGAAACGAGAUGAAAGAGACUAUCGUGACUCUAGCCGAGAAUCUACACUCAAAGAGUCAAAGGAGAUGCGCGACAGUCGCGAGAGGGAUAGAGAAGUCAUCAGAGAACGAGAACGAGACAGGGAAGGCAGAGAUCGAGAUAGAGCCAGCAGGGACUUUAACUCACGAGAAAAGAGGAGAAACAGUAAACCAGACGUGCCCAUCACUUCGAUGGCCGAUCAUAGACCUAGCGAGGACAAGCAAAGACCCAGAAGUUCACAGGAGCUCAAGCAUCCGCGAAGCGUUGCUUUGUCUGGUGUCGUUUUUCCUCUCCUUUCCGAGCUUCAACGAAAGCACCAAUAUUCGGUGAGAGACAAUAAUGGCGAGGGCGGUAGUGGUGGUGGCAAGAAUGGCGGUGCUGUAGAAGAACUGCGAAGCGCUUUCGAAUCGGCGGAACGCACGUCGCCGGGAAUGACAGAGUCCCUUAUCCGCGAACUGAUCAAAUCCUUACUUCCCCCCAAUCAUUCUGAAGGGCGCCUAUCUAUGCUAAUGGAGAAGGUUAUUUUAAGGGAUACGUAGGGACGCGAGAGGACAAAGGUCCGCAAGAGACUGUGGUCCCAAAAUAUCCUAAUAUUGUAAAACCAUACGUUAUUUCUCUCGAUUAUCAAUUUACUAAUUAAUACGAGCCGAGCAUGUCGUCGAUGAGUGGCGAUUCCGAACGUGAACGUGAAGGUGCGAGGGAAAUGUGUUCCUUGCCCCAUCAUCCCUCCCCGCUCUUCCCCUUUCUCACUAAUCUAAAGGCCGUACUACAACGAAGUCUAUCGAAGUUUUACGAAGUAGUCUACUGAACCGCCCCAUUUUCAUCUGCCUCACUGUAGGAUAAUAAUACGUAGAUGGACGGCAAAUACAUGCAAAACGUUGUGCCAGUAUUCUUGCAGUUCCUACUCGUGUAAUUGUUAUCGAUUUUUUUCUGAACUUCUCUAAUGAGCUGUUCUACAUUUAUACGCUUUUCCAUGUUUUUCCAUCGGUUCGUCGCC